UUCUCAGUCUGCUAGCAUUAUAACUCAUAGGUGCUCAAGCUCUACUUCAGACUGAUCUCCACAUUCAUUUCUUUGCCCUUCAAUCUAUAGGUAUGUCUUCUCUUAGAUUUUAGAUCUUCUUUGUACGCAAUCUAACUUCUGUUUCUACAUACAUAAACAUCUGUGUACUUGUAUAUGUAUGUAUAUAUACGUUGACUCAUAUAUCUAUUCACAAUUUCUUCCAAUUUUUUAUUGAUUUUUCCAUCAAAUCUCCAAUUCAAGGCUUUAGUAUUCGCGGGUUUCAAUUAUUUCGUUCUGUUUCUCCUUUGAUGAUUCUCUCUCAUUUACAAGAACUUUUAGUUGUUGUGUCUGAUAGAUAUAGAUUCAAACAGUGCGUUAUUUAGGGUUUGAAAGCAAAUUAGAAACCCUUUUGAUGAUUAAUAUCAGUCUUUGAUUGUUAUUGUGGUCUCAAAGAAGAAAAAAAAUUAAAAAAUAAAGUGAACUAGAUUACAUUCUACAACACAAGAUUUUGUAGUUACAGCUUCAAUCCUAGAUCCCCAUUAAAGCUUUUGAUAUUUGGAACCCAAAAAGAAAAAUCCAAGAAAAAAGAAAGAAAGGAUGGUUUCAACUGAUAAUGGUGGAAACAAUGGGGGAAUUGAGGAAUCUAAUGGUUCUAGUGAGGUAAAGAGUCAGAUUCCUCUUCACAUUUCUGGGUCUCAAAAGGGACUUAUAAAUGAUGAAAGCUCUCAAAAUAGGUUCCAUGAUGAUUCAUCUGCUCUACCCAAAAGAUUAAGGUUCCUCAAAUUUGGUUCUUUGGCUUCCCCAUCUGUGAAAUUCCAGCGUAUUGCUACGCAGAGAGAUGAGAUUUCACGCGCAGUGCCUUCUGUGACUAAUCAUGCUCUUCGAGAACAAUUCAACAAAGUCUUUUCCCGGAAAAUUGAUUGGGUCUCUCUUUGGAAGAUGGGCAAAGAAUGGUUUAGAGAUCCCAUGAAUAUGGCCCUUUUCGUUUGGAUAAUUGGUGUUGCUGUGUCUGGUGCGAUUCUGUUCCUCGUCAUGACCGGAAUGUUGAACGGUGCCCUGCUGAAAAAAAAGUCCCAGAGAAAUGCUUGGUUUGAAGUUAAUAAUCAAAUCCUCAACGCACUGUUUACUCUGAUGUGUCUUUACCAGCACCCGAAGCGAAUCUACCACCUUAUACUUCUUAUAAGAUGGAGACCAGAGGACAUUUCCAAACUUAGAAUGAUUUAUUGCAAGAAUGGGACUUAUAAGCCUCACGAAUGGGCACACAUGAUGGUUGUUGUUGUGCUAUUACACCUUAACUGCUUUGCGCAAUAUGCCUUGUGUGGUCUUAACUUGGGUUACAAGAGAUCAGAACGACCAGCUAUAGGAGUUGGGAUAACUAUCUCUGUUGCAAUGGCUGCACCUGCAAUUGCUGGUGUUUACUCCAUUGUUAGCCCCCUCGGGAAGGAUUAUGAUUCUGAAUUGGAUGAGGAAUCACAAGUUCAGAUUAACCAGCCAAGCCAGUCAAGAUUGAAAUCAUUAGAGAAGAGAUUUUCAUUCGCUUCAAGAGAUGAGAGGAUGGUUAUUGAGAGCAGACCAAAGUGGAGUGGAGGGGUGCUUGAUUUUUGGGACGAUAUUUCUUUGGCAUAUCUCUCACUAUUUUGUAGCUUUUGUGUUUUUGGGUGGAAUAUGGAGAGACUUGGGUUUGGAAACAUGUACGUUCACAUUGCGACUUUCCUUCUGUUUUGUAUGGCCCCCUUUUGGAUUUUCAAUUUGGCAGCAAUUAAUAUCAAUAACGAGGCUAUAAGGGAGGCAUUGGGGAUUACAGGGAUCUUUCUUUGUGUGUUUGGUUUACUCUACGGUGGCUUUUGGAGGAUUCAGAUAAGAAAGAGAUUCAACUUGCCACCAUACAGCUUCUGUUGCGGUAAACCAGCUAUUGCUGAUUGUACAUUGUGGCUUUUCUGCUGUUGGUGUUCUCUUGCUCAGGAAGUGCGGACCGGGAAUACCUAUGAUAUUGUCGAAGAUAAAUUUUGCAGGAAGCAAGUGGAUGGAAGUGACCAAUUACCAAUUUCGCCAUUGCUUCGUGAAGAUGGAGACUUUCAAUACAGGUCCGGCCCGAGUUCUCCACUUGGGAACGUUUCUUCUUCUUCUCAGAUUACGAAAGCUAAUUCUCCAAGUCCCAGCAGACUUCCUCAGGGGCAUUGUAGUCCAAAUCGGCAUCUUCCUUUGAUGGAGGAGGAGGAAUCUCGUUCAAGAGGUAAGGAUGCAACUAUGACACCACCUGCUCCUUCACUUAUAGAAAGAGAAGCCAAUUAGCAUAAAACUAUGUUGUUUUCGCUUUGUGAUUUGUAUUAGAAAAUGCUGUAGGCUAUUUCACAUGAUUGAUAUGUACUUUGAAUUUUUGUGUGUA